AACGCGGGAGAGAAUGAACACACAGUAUGGGAAGAAGCGGACGUGUUGUUCUUAGAGCUAUCAAUUUAAUCGACACGGAGUAUCAAACUGACAUAAUAAGUAGAAGGGGUUUCAACGAUUGCAUAUCGGCCAAAUAAAACUCCACAGCGAGCGACGACAUGACGGAGGACUUCAGCCAAUCGCUCACUCCUCCCGUGUCCCCCUCCGCAUCGGACGGCCUCUGUGAGCUGUCCCGGUCCCGACCGCCCUGCUUCUGCUGCGCCUCUGCUCGGGACGGCCCGGGUCAGUCCCUGUCGUUAGAGGGGUACAUGAUGAACGGCAUCAUGAAGCGGCUGCUGCUGCGUCUGGACCCGGCCCCUGCGGACUACGAGGCAGAUACCGUAGAGAUCUUCGGCUUCCCCUGGACCACGGAAACGGCCCUGGUGGAAUCCACCAAGAUGCUCUUUGGUCUCCUGCGUCAAAGGCUGUUGCGGCUGGAGGCCCUGGUCCAGGCCAGUUCCCAUGACUUUGGUCAGGCUGGCAACCUCCACUAUGAAGCGGAGGAGCUCAGACAACAUUGUGUGUUGUUCCUCCAAUAUGUCAAGGUCUUUCUGCACAGGUACCUGGAGGUGUCCAGCAGUCUGGAGGAGGGCCCCACCCACCCCUACGAGGGGCAGGAGGCCCAGCUGCCGUCGGCUCUCCUGGAGGAGCUGUUUGGACUAACUCUACUCAUAGGGCGCCUCAAAGACCUGCCAGCCAACCUGCAGAGUGCCUUCACCAUGCAGAACCAGGGGAAGAUCUUUCCUCCUGCUUGGCAUUUGCUUCAUCUGCAUCUGGACAUCCACUGGUCUGUGCUGGAGGUCCUUCACAUCCUCGGGCAAAAGAUGCGAGGCCAGGUAGUGUACGCCCACCAGUUUGUGAACCUGACUGGGGAGAACCUGACUGACAGCAGCCUGUUUGAGGCUCACUUGUGCAGUCUGCUGUGUGACCUCACUGGCCUGGCCAUGGGCAAGUACAGCAAGGUGAGGCCAACAGAGGCCUUGGCUAGCGACCAUUACCUGUGCACCUGCACAAAAGAGCUGUGGCUCCUCAUCAUGCAGCUGCUGGGUCACAGGAGUAAAGCUUUACACACGCAGUCAUUCUGGAGCUACAUUAACCAGCUGCUGCAGCCCCUGGUGGAAGGCAGGCCCCCCGCGGAGCAGUACGCUGGGCUGCCAAGCCUCUGCAAAGACCCGCUCGGCUUCACGUGGUGGCUGGUCACUCACCUGGCAGAGCUGGCCCAGUACGGCCGCAACGGCGUACUGCAGAGCAAGCAGCAACUUGAAGCUAACUGGAGUUUUGUUGAGGACCUCCUCAAGACCACAUGCAGCCCCAGGGCCCCUUUAGCGGAGGAGCAGGUCCGCAUGCACGUGCACUGCUGCCUGAGCCUGUGUCUGCUGUGGGAGCCGAGCACCGCGGCCGUCUCCACGCUGUGGGACUACUACAGCAGGAACCUGAGCGCCUCCUUCAGCGUGCCCUGGCUGGGGGUGUCGGGUCUGGGCAGCGUGUGCAGGACGCCCCUGGCUCUGAUGGAGCAGGCCCGGGGCUGCUGCUCCCCUGGCCCGCUGCGCUCCCCGGGACACACCCAGCUGUACCGCUCGGCCACCUCCUUCCAUAUCUUCCUCAGGGUGCUGUACCUCUGCCUGGCCCAGGACAGUGGGAGUGGCGCCCCCCGCAGGCAGAUGAAGGGAAGAAUCUACUCCAAGUUCUCGGCUAAGAAGAUGCAGGAUCUGAGUGAGGCGGGCCUGAUGAACUUCCUGCUGCUGUUCAUGGUGGUGGGACGGCAGGUGGAGCUUGAGGACGUGGCGGGCCGGGCCUGCGAGCUGCUGGGACACCUGCCCGCCUCCUGCCCCCCCGGGCGCCGGGCGCUGGUCUGGAGGGGGCAGCUGGCUCUGCUCCUGCUGUUCCAGGAGAGGGGUCUCGACGUGGGGGCGCAGGCGGGCUGGUUAGCCUCCUCCUUCAACGAGACGGCCAAGGAGUUCUACGACAAGACCACGGAGGCCUCUCGCAGGCUGGCCCUCUGGGGGCCCUUGGUCUCCUACCUGGAGGGCGUGGCCGAGGUCUUCGAGACCAGCGCCUGCCUCGGCCUGUCGCAAGAGAAGCUACUAAACGAGGGCUUUGAUUGGCUGCUGCCGGCCUGCCGCCAGUCGGAGCUCCACUCAGCCCUGGGCUUCCUGCAGAUCGUGCUGUCCCAGCUCAGGCGGGUCCAUCAGCGAGGCGUCCACGCUGGCCCGGCCCCGACAUGGGCCUCCACCACCUCCACCGCCUCCACCAGCAGCAGCAGCAGCGUGGCCAGAGAGCGCCACCUAGCUGUGGCAGCGGCUCUCUGGGUCCACUUCUUCCCCUUCCUGCGCAGCCUGCGCCUCUCCCUGACCCCCCCGCCCCAGCUGGCCGACGCCGCUGCAGGCUUCACGCUGUUAGCCUUUGAUCUGCCGAGCUCCGCCCCCAACGACCUCCAGCCCCGCCCCGUCCUGUCAAUAAUGCAGUGCUUCGGCUGGGACGACAUGCUGCACCCGCUGCUGGUGACCCGCUACCUCCCUCACCUCCUCCAGAACAGUGAGCUGGUGUCGGCGAUGGGCCCUGGUCCCGGUGCCGCGGUGCCCGGCUCCGCCCAGGCCCUGUGUGUGAGGGCCUGGUUCCGCUGUGUUCUGCAGCAGCACCUCCACAGGAACCCUGAUGGUUCCGACAGCAGAGCGGGCCGGGCCGUGGAGGAGCAGCUGGCGGAGCUGACCCGGCUGGUGCUGCGGCUGCCUGAGGUGGACGCUCUGCUGCAGAGAGCCGGCCUCCAGCCCCCCGCCGGCCGGCCAGAGCCCAGCCCCGCCCUGGAGCUCUUCAUCAAGGCGGUGGGCCGGGUGUACGGGGGGCUGGAGGUGCUGUCUGAGAAGUCGGCCCUGGUGGGCAGAGCCCUGGAGUACAUGGGGGACAUCCUGAAGUACAUCAAGCCCUACCUGGUCAGCAAGAGCCAGGAGGGCAUGCAGCUGGCAUACUGGGCUGUCGGCUGCGUGGUGAAGCACUGGAGCCCCCUGCUGGCAACCUCCAGAGCCCAGCAGCUGCUGUUCCGCAUCGUGGACGGGAUGCUGCUCCCCCACAGCCUCCCGCCCCACGACCGAGCCCUGAGGAGCAGCCUGCCGCUCUACCUCCAGGGUCUGUCGGUGGCCUCCAGCGUGUCCCAGUCGAAGGGCGUCUACCUGAAGAAGCAGCUGUGCUCCGUCAUCAGGCGCUACCUGGACCACUUCCUGCUGGCGGCGCCCUCCGCCGGCGCCGUGGCCAAUCACCCAGUGCUGCUGGGCGCCUGCGAAGGCAGCCCCUCCCCGCGGGGGGCGGCGCUGAGACGGACCACCCUGCAGGUGCUCUGCGACAGCUUCCUGCAGUUCAAAGGAAACGCCCCCCCGCCCCGCCUCACCUCGGUCCUGGCCUUCCUAUUGGAGCUCCUGAGACGGAACGCGGACACGGACCCCCUGCUGCUCACCGUGCCCCUCCCCUCUCUGCUGCGCUGUGUGAUGCUGGUCAAUGAGCCUCAGGUGAGGAAGAGCAGCACAGAGGCCCUUCAGCUGGUGGUGGAGAGAUGUGCGGCCGCUUCUUCACCGGAGCCCUGCGGCCAGAUGAUCAGCGUCCUGCGGUCGUUUGUGGAGGAGAACGAGGGGGUCUAUGACAGACUGGUGUACAGCACCCUAGAGACGGUGGCCCUCUUGGACCCCCGGGUGGUCCGGGCGCUGGUCCCAGACCUGUCCCUGAGCCUGAGGACCACGGAGCACAAGAGAGGCCAGGGCAGGAACGCAGCCCUCAGGAGCGCCUACAAGAAGCUGUUGGGUCAGCUGGGGGAGAGCGGUCAAGCGGAGAUGGUCAGCCUGGAUGAAGGCUAACAGCAGGCUGGACACAAACACACACACAUACACACACAUACGCAGACAAACACAGCCAGAAUAUGACGAUGAGUAUGACGAUGAGUCACAACCCGUUCAUAAACAUUCAAGCCCUCUCGAGAUAUCCUCCUUUAAGAUUCUGGAAGAUCAUGUAUAUAUCCUUUAUUUUGAUAUGACAAAUAUUGUGCAGUGGGAGUCUAAAGAAUGCAUAUGUUUACAGAAUAACUAAAUAGGUCAAAGACAAUUUAAUGUAUGUACUAUUUAUAUUGUAGCAGAAGCUGUGAAUAAAGAUGCAGGAUGUUUUUAUCUACAGAAUAUGAAAUGUCAAAUAAGUUGUAAUAAAUACGUUUGCUUUGUU